GCGUCCUUUCAGAAUGGGUAUGUCCAAAGCUGACUUAUUUUUUCAGGUGCACGUUGAGAGUAAUCAUAAGCUGCUAGACCAAGGGGAGCAGCCUGUUAGGUUUCGGUUUGGUGGCAGCCGCUCGCUGCGUGUUGACUCGGAUGGAGCGUGCUUAUUUCAAAGCUUUGGAUCAAUCCUGUCUAAUGAGUAUCUUCGACAAAGAAGCGAGGAUUUGCUCUCAGUUCUGAGGCAGAGAUGGGAUCAAAGUGAAACGUACAUCAUGGCUCACAUCAAAAACCCUCUGACGAUGUUUUUCAGGGACAUACCACGGCCACAAAAUGGCCGACCCUUUGAUUCAUGGGAGGAGUUCGAGUCAUGGUUCCGGCAGGAAAGGCCAAAACAUGCUCAGAUCCGCCUCAUGGUUGUCUUAAUGACUGUGUUGCGUUGGCAAGAGUCUUACCAUGGAACUGUUGUGCCAGACUAUAUGAUGGACAUGAUGGGACCAGAUAGGUUUGUGCACCUUUUAAACCCGGCACACUACUUCCAAUUUAUGUCACGGGAAACGGAAUUUGGUACACAAAAUGAAAUAGUGAACUUUUCCCGUCUUUUCCGAAUGAGAGUUCGGGUUGCUGAUGUAGGUCGUUGCAUUUUUUAA